UCCAUCUGAAAUUAAAAAUAGAAAUACCGAGUGUUCCUCGAUCUUACAAUACUAAGCUUUGACGUAACCAAAAAUGGCGACUGCCUUCUCGCUCCUUUCCACAUUAUUAUCUCUCCACACCUUCAAUUCGAUCUAGGGUUUCAUCAUCACUUACCAAUUCUACCCUAUCACUUUCUCCUGAUUGAAGCUUCAUCGAUUGCACUUAUUUUUAGGAAAUUAACCGAACGAAAUGAAGACAUCGCUGAAGAAAUUGCAAAAAUUCGCUUCGCAUAGGCACGAUAGAAGAGCGCAGAAGCAGAACCAAUCCGUGUCUCUAGAUGAGCACGCUCGAGCUACACAGGACAUGAUUGAUAUGAGAGACUGCUACGAUAGGCUACUGUCUGCUGCAGCCGCAACUGCAAACAGUGUAUAUGAAUUUUCGGAAUCAUUAAGGGAGAUGGGUGAUUGUCUUCUUGAAAAAACAGCCCUGAAUGAUGAUGAAGAAAGUGGGAAGGUAUUAUUAAUGCUAGGAAAAGUACAGUUUGAACUUCAGAAGCUUAUUGAUGGUUAUAGGUCACAUAUAUUUCAGACAAUCACAAUCCCAUCAGAGUCUCUUCUAAAUGAGCUUCGGAUAGUAGAGGAGAUGAAAAAGCGAUGUGAUGAAAAAAGAGAACUAUAUGAUGAUUUGCUGAACAAACAAAAAGAAAAAGUACGGUUAAGGAACAGUAAAAGCGAACAUUUUCAUUCUCCUCAGCUUAAAGAAGCCCAUGAUGAAUAUGACGAGGAGGCAAAUGUUUUUGUCUUUCGCAUGAAAUCCCUAAAACAAGGGCAAUCCCGUAGUUUUCUAACACAGGCAUCUCGGCAUCAUGCUGCACAGUUAUACUUCUUCAAGAGGGCAGCAAGAUCUUUGGAGGCAAUUGAGCCACAUGUCAGUUUACUUGCUGAGCAGCUACAUAUUGAUUACCAUUUUAGCGGAAUCCAAGAUGAUGGACGUGAAAUUCUUAAUGACGACAGCGAUGAUGAUGAUGAUGAUGAAAGUGAUGAGGAUGAUGAUACUGAAGAUGGUUCUGAAAUGCAUGACACGGAAUUGAGUUUUGAUUAUGGACAAAAUGUUCAACAGCAAGAAGUCCAUGCAUUAGAAAACUCAAUGGAGGUGGAUAAGUCUGAUGUGACAUUCUCUCCUGACCAUAAAUUGGGCCCCGCAAAGGAGAUCUUACAAGGUCCUCGUCAAAAUGUUUACUCACUUUCCGCACCUCUCCUCCAAAGAGGGACAGGAGCAGUCAGCAAAUCCGCACCUCUCUUUCCAAGAAAACUUGAUUCAGCUGAGCGAAUGACACAGAUGGGACCUUCACCAUCACGUAAGUUCAUUUCUUAUGCACUACCCACCCCAGACGAGACAAAAACACCAAGAUCUGGGAAUUUAUUCAGUGAAGCUCCUCAAACAAGACUAGCAGAUUCCAACCUUCGGCAUUCAUCUCCCCUCUAUCAGAACAAGUAUGAAAGAUUUGGGGCAAAUGAUAAAUUGUCCGGACCCAUCAUCUUGGACACACAAUCAGUACUCAAAGAGAGUAACACCACCAUGAAAGCCAGUGCCUUGCCCCCUCCAUUAUCAGAAGGCCGUUCGUUCACUCAGCUUGAUCCAAAUUUGGCGUCCAAUGCUAAGAAAGCUAAAAGACAAGCUUUCUCUGGCCCAAUAUUUGGAAAGCCAUGGCCAAGUAAGCCAAAGUUAACAGCCAGUGGUCCCAUUGUCUCAUCGGCCUUCCCUCCUUUUUCUGGAUCUUUAUUGCGCACCCCAAUGCCUCGGCCAACAUCAAACCCAAAACCGUCUUCACAUCUUCCAUCUACUUUUGUCUCAUCACCUAAAAUAAGUGAACUUCAUGAGCUCCCUCGACCACCAGCCCAUAUGGCUGAUACAAGGUACCCCAAUCGCUUUGCUCAUUCGGGCCCCUUAAUAUCGAAAAGAAAUGAGCUGUCUGCCUCUCGUGUGUCAACAUCGUCUAUAGCUGCAUCCAAACUCCCAACCCCACCCCAGGGAUUAUCACGCAGCUACUCAAUUCCGGUUGGAGGUUCAUUAGAAUCAGCCUUGCGUUCUCCUAUAGAAGGGUCUCAAUUGAAGAUGAAAGAAGAUAUUUCUUCACCUCCCCCAGCAUCAGUUUCCUUGCCAAAUACCCAACCAGCAUCUAGGUGAUUAGCCAGCAAGUCACAUAAAAGGUAACUUGAAGAGCACACCCUGAGACGGAGGAUAGCUGCAGCGUUCAUCCGCGAAAAGACCAUGUGAAUAGCUUUCUUCUUAGUCCUUGAAAUUUUGCUAGUCAUGUAAAAAGUACCACAAAUUUUGUCGAAACUGCUAACUUGUCGUUGUCGUUGCCUAGAAGGGCAGAACUUAACAAAAUGAAUGAGUAACAAAUUUUGAAA